GGGAAAAAAGUGUAGAACUAUUUGGUUUUAAUACAUAUAGACCCCAUAACCAGCCGGUAGCAAUAACCGCACUUCUGCUUCCCAUAGGACCAAAAGCUAAAAGAAAAAAUGCGUAGGCACAGGUGCCACCGGGCCGCGCGAUCCGAAUCCGAGAUGGAGAGCGAGACGGACACCGAGACCAUGAGGUGCAUAUCGUGCAAGGAAGAGUACGGAGCAUGCGACGCCGGCACGUGCAAGGAGUGCUAUGAGGAGGCAAGCGAGACCGAGGAAGAACUGAAGCGAGAGAUCGAAGAGCUAAAAGCCAAAGUCGCCUUUUUACGCUUUUGGUCUCCGCUCGAUCAUACCCACCGUGCCUCCAACUCGCCCGGUAUCUUCUUCCCCGACAUCGUUUUGGUCGCUUCCGAUGAUGGGUCUCCCGGCCUGCCGACUAUGCCUGUACCCGCCCAUAAAGCCGUUUUGGUAAGUCGUUCACCUGUAUUCAAAGCAAUGCUUGAGAAUGAGAUGGAAGAAAGCAGGAGUGGAACCAUCAAGAUCAGUGAUGUAUCAUACGAUGCGCUUCGUGCCUUUGUAAACUAUUUGUACACUGCGGAAGCAUGGCUGGAUGAGCAGAUGGCUUGUGACCUUCUGGUUUUGGCUGAAAAAUACCAGGUGAAGCAUCUCAAGGGGUUCUGCGAGAAGUUCCUGGUAUCCAAAUUGAACUGGGAUAAUUCACUUGUGAGCUAUGCUUUUGCUCACCAGCACAGCGCCAAGCUCGUGCUUGAUGCAGCUUUGUGUUUGAUAACAGACAACAUGGAUAAGCUUACUAAAAGGGAAGAGUAUAUGGAACUUGUCGAAAAGGAUCCUCGGAUUGUUGUGGAAAUUUAUGAAGCUUAUCUCUCCAAACAGGUGAAUACCGCUGCUCAUAAGGAUUCUUCAAUGAAAUCAUAGUCAAUUCUGAUCAAGAAUUGUUUUGUUCAUCAUUUGGAUAAUGUGUUUUUGGUCAUUGCUGAUGGAUGAACUUUUAGUAUAUAUAAAAGAAGAAAAGUUUGAUGAUCUAUGGUUGGGGAAAUCUAUGUUACAAAUAUACAAUGCAUGAACUUUUAAGUUGUAAGUAAUCUGCAUGAUUUGGGAUCAUUAUUGAGAAGACAAUAAUGAAAUGAGUUUUAGAUGCUUUAACAGUGCAGCCUUCUUUUGGUGUUGCAAGGAUUCUAUGCCAUUUGCUAAUAUAUAUUGUACUUUUUUUUUCUUUCCU